GGGAAGGAUGUUACCCUGGAUUAAACCUUACAUUUGCCUUAUACAUGUACAUGUAUUUAAUUAUAAAUUCAUUUUGUUCUAUAUUUCCAGUUAUGUAUAUAGCUGCUAGAUCGUGAUGGCUGAAGGUACUCCAGUCACACCCACAGCUCCCAUCAUGCCUACUGCACCCCCUGCAUCCUCCAUGGAACAGGGUAGUUUGCCGCCAUCUCCAACAUCCCCACGAGCCAAACGCAAAAGCUCGACAGAACAUUCGCUCCUGAUGUGCGAUGUCUGCUUAGAAAUGUACGACAAUGUGCAACAUAUUCCAAAACUUCUUUUGUGCCAUCAUUCUUUCUGUGAAUCAUGUCUUCAUAAACUUAUCGGCACAAAGGAUUACUUUGAGUGCCCGACAUGCCGUCAAAUGACUACAAUGCCAUCUGGUGGUGUGAGUAGUCUUCAGACUAAUUUCUACAUUACGUACAUGCGUGACGUGCUUAUCAACAACACCGUGGAUCAACCAAUGAUCGUCCAAUCAGGAGAAGGCUGUAUAAAACAUUCAAAUCAACCGCUAUCAUUUUUCUGCAAGCAAUGCAACAUUGCAAUCUGCCGUGAUUGCACAGUACUCGACCAUAAAGAAGUUGAUGGCCAUGCAGUUCAAGACACAUGGGAUGCUCUCAACGAAUUACACAACACUUUAACGUCAGAAGUGAACAAUGCUCGGACUAUUAUGAAAACAGUAGAGUGUUAUAUCCAAACUCUCGAGGGAGAAGUGACCAAUCUUUACGGGGCCAAAGAAGCAGCCAUAAAGGAUAUCGACUCAGCAUUCACCCAAUACAUAACACUCUUGGAAACACGUAAGCAGAAGUUGUUUUUAGAUGUGAAUGCCAUGUACAACGACAAGGUCCUGAUUCUACAGAGACAUGCUGAAGACAUCCAAGAGAAGAUUAUAAACCUGAACACUACACUAGAUAACAUGCCAACAGAAUCAACAACAGAUGACUCAACACUUGACACAGACAAUAAAGAAAAUGUCCCGAGCUAUAAUCCUGCAACGACGGGAAUAUCAGAUUUGAUCAUAAAACGGUCCAAGAUUUCGGACACUACUAAGCAUAUCGAAAAACUUAUGUCCAGCCAUCGAGUGCCAACAAAGAAUUAUAUCCAGUUUGAUUCGCAACAGGGUGUGUAUGGUUUCCAAAAUGCCCUAAAUAAACUGGGGGUACUCCUAAGUGAAAAAUCAUUGCCAUCCAUAGUGGAAAUUUCCGCUCAUCCUGCCACUGCCGGGUUGCCAUCCCAAGCGACAGUAAGUGUCUAUGACUGUAAGAACACGCCCCUGCCAAAAUACGCCAUCACAGCUGAUAUCACUGAUCCCUGGGGAGACAGCAUAGAAACGUCAACACUCGAAAAUGACAAUGGGACAUAUAAUGUCACAUAUAAACCGCAGGUUAGUGGAGAUCAUCGUAUCGAUGUCAAAUUCCUUGGUUAUAUCAUAAAGGGAGCUGAAAGUGUUAUCAGUGUCAGUAGUAACAAUCCUGUGGCUCUGAUUGGUCAAAAAGGAUCAGAAGAUGGAGAAUUUCUUUGUCCACGAGCUGUCGCCAUUGGCAACGAUGACAAUAUUUACGUGGCUGACACUGGAAACUGCCGCAUACAGAAAUUCAGCCCAGAUGGCAACUUUCUAAGUCAGUUCACGGUUACAUCUGAUGGUGAAAAUAACUCGACAUGUGAUCUCGCCAUUGACCAAAAAUCAAACCUAAUUAUCUGUACAGAGAUUUUUGCAUAUGGGUCGAGCCCAAGUUCGGGUAAUACAGUCAAAGUAUAUACUUCAGAUGGACAUUUAAAGCAUGAACAUACAAAUAAGACAUUGAAAUGUGCAUUGUGUGUAGCAUGCAACAGCAAGGGAGGAGUCAUUAUCUCAGACUAUAUUGUCAACUCCUUGUUCAUGUACAAUGGAAAUGGAACCCAUGUGAAGAAAAUCGGCAAAUACGGGGCACAAUCAGGCCAGUUCAAUCACCCAGCAUUCAUGUGCACGGGACCACAUGAUUACAUCAUCGUAACAGACACUGACAAUCAUCGAAUCCAAAUAUUUGAUGAUACUGGGGAGUUUCUGUUUGAAUUCGGCACUUAUGGUACAGGAAAAGGGCAAUUCCGACAACCAUUUGGAGUAACCACAGAUUCAAACCACAUUCUGGUUGCAGAUAGCGGCAACAAAAGAAUCCAGGUUUUCAAGAUGGAUGGCACUUUUGUGAGCAUAAUCGACAGCCAGGGCAUGCCAUUGAAUCAUGCCAGGGGAAUUUCCGUCACCAACGAUGGCCAUGUCCUUGUAGCAGACAGAGACAGUCACUGUAUCAAGAAGUACAAGUAUAUGUAAAGUGUCAGUAUUGUUAGUUAAAGGGGCAUCAAAAAAUAUUCUUAGAGUGUAAAAUGUGAGCGGCAAUAAUUUCAAACUUUUCCUCUACAGUUCCUAGUUUUGAUAUCUAAAUAAAAAAGAAUUGAGAUCUGUGAUCAAAUAUAGAACUUAUUGAAGAUUUAAAAAGCAGAAAUAUUCAAAUUCAUUGGAAUUAAAAAAGGACACAUGUACAGUUUCUAAAUUAUUGAAUUCUUUUAGAAAAGUACUCUCAAUUCUUAUUGCCCCUUUACAUAGUAAAAUGGAAUUGAAGAGUGAAAUAAUUAAAGAAUUAAGUCAACAUGAGACAUAUGCUCACCCUCUGAAUGUUAAGAAAGUAAUAUGAGACAGAUAAUGUAUGGUUGCCAGAUAACCUAAAUUAUCCAAGGAUGAUCUUCAAAUAAAGUUAGAAAUGAUGGAGAUUUUGAAUGGAUUGAUGAGAACAAAAAAGAAUGUAAAAUUGUGAGAAUGUUUCGCUAUAAACUCUCGUCUUAUUAUUUAUGUCUAUCCCAUUUACUUAAUUCAAAAGGGUGACUAAGACUAAAUAGCUAUCAUGAGUAAGUUGGUUGAUGUUAUCAAUGGUCACAUCUAUGUCAUAACAAUUGAAGAUAAAGAUCUGUAAUCAUGCAUACAGAGUUUAUACAAACAUAGAAAACGAUGCAUGUUCUGAACACAAUCCAGUCCCAAGCGUCACAGUCACAAUGUAAUUCUACAUUCAUAAAUAGACUUCUUUGGUAAGAUGAUAUGUAGUCUAGCACAUGACCCCAGAGCCUUUUGGGGUUUAUGUGUAAGAUUGAAUGUACACGUAAUACAAAACAAAAGUAUUAUUGGAGAUUUUUAACAUACGGAGAUUAUUUUGCAAAUUUUUUCCAAUUUCAAAGUUCUUUGAAUAAAUAGUGAAAGCCAUACUGUAUUUUGGUAUAUCAAGCCUUGCAAGUUGUACAUGUUCAAGUAACUUAAUGAUUUCACUAGGGACAUAUUUGGUAUGAUGCUACAAGUGAUUUAAUGAUAAUAGACAUUAUCUUGCAUAAUUAAUUGUGGCUUAUAAUAAGCCUGAAAUGUAUCUUGUAUAGUCAUCUACUAGGUGUAUAAAAAUGAUAUUCUUGAAAAUAGUAGUAGGAUGUUCUUCAAAGUAUAUCAAGAUUUUGGAUGGGAGAAUUUGGCACAAUUACAAUACAAAUGCUGUUCUGAUGUCAGGGGAAUACCAUUCUGAUGUCAGGAGAACAUUUUUCUGAUGUCACAAGAAUAUCUAUUUAGAUAUAUGGUAUCCCCACUAACAACAACAAGAACUGCUCACAAAGUGAGCUAUUUACAGUAGUUUAACUAAGAAUAGGGAGUUUAAGCUUGCAUAUAAAAUCGAAACGCCAACUUUUACAUAUGACCAUUUGCCUAUACAAAUGCAUCGCUUAAAUAUUUUCUGUUCACGUUUAGGUUGUGAAAAACAGUGCAAGCUUAAACUCCCUACUAUCUCCAAAAUUAUGGUAUAAUUUGUGAGACUUCCAAUUGAUUAGAUGUUAGAUUAGAUUUCAUAUUACACAAUGUAGCUGUUCAAUAAGUUAAUUAAAUAUGAUAUUAUGUGGUUGCUAUAGAAAUAAGUCAUAUCACGGAAGUAUACAUGGUAAUAUGAGUUCUGUUUCUAAGCAUAGAAACAAGAAGCAGGUUACGAUAUUGAAUAACAAGAAAUAUGUUGAAAUAGCCUCGAGGUCAAUGAAGUACAGUAAUCAAAUUGAAUGCCCAUCUCAGAUGAAGACCUCUGUAGUGUGAAUGUUAAAUCCAUCCUUGGAAACGAACAGUUAUCUGAGAAGUGUUUGUCUUAAGGGGGUUUACUGAUCUUAAUCAUAUAUUGUAGUAUGAUGUGUAGAUCAAAAUGCCAAAAAUGUUGUGUUUUUGUGAUAUGUUAACAAAUCUGGAAUAAGAAUGACCAAAUUGGAAUAUAAGGAAUGCAUUGACAGAAGUCAAAUGGCUUCUACAUGUAGUAAUGUAUAAUGUUUGCACAUGUAAAAUGUUUGUACAUGUACAUGUAUAAUGUUUGUACAUGUAUAAUAUCUAUAAAAGAAUAAUGUCUGAACAUGUAGAAUGUCUAUACAGAUAUGAUGUUGUACAUGUAUGAAAGUGUUUAUGUACAUAAUGUUUAUACAUGAAUCAUGUUGAAUGUUCAUAUAUGUACAAUGUUUGUACAUGUACAAUGUUUGUACUGUAUAUUGCAUGUCAAUGUAAUAUGUAGAUUAUAGGGUAUUAGAAAUAAAUUCUUG